AUGUCUUUAGUUCAUCUGCCACCAAAUAUGCGAGGAAGUCCAAAUGAUCAACAGGCGACAGUUCAGAAAUUAUUAGAUGAGAAUUCGCGGCUAAUCGAUAUUGUGACCGAAUUUCAGAAUCAGGGAAGAGCAGAGGAUGCCAUUAAACAUCAACAACUUUUGCAUCGAAAUUUGAUGCAUUUGGCGAAUUUGGCUGAUCCAGUUCUAGCACAACAAAUGAGGGUUUGUUCAAAUUUAUACUUAAUUUAUCGAAGAAAACACAAAUUUAAAAAUUAUGACAAAUUUUGUUGCUGAUCUUCUUUCUCAAACAUCCACAUCAUUUUCAUUUCCAUAGUUACUUGAAUCGCUAUAAAUAACCGACAUUUUUUAAAGGAAGAACACGCGCAAGAGCAACAACAGCAACUUGCUCCACCUCCACAACAAAAUCAUUCAGGUGAGGGUUCUGCUCAGACUUUCAAAAUUCCAUUUUUUGCAGCAAGUCCAAGUCAACAUCCACAAAUGCAACCACCACAUCAAUAUCCGAAUCAAGAAAUGAUGUAUCAACAGCAGCAACAACAACCACAACAAGGAAUGCGUGGACCACCGCAACAAUAUGGCCAAUUUGCCGGCCAACCUGGUCCACAAAUGGGUGGUGCUCGUCCUUAUGGCGGCCCGGGAUAUCAAGGCGGUUAUCCACCACAGGGUGGAUUUGAAGGUGGCCAACAACAGCAACCACAACAAGGCUUUUCUGGACAACAACAACAACAAGGCCAACAACAAUUUAUGCGCUAA